AUGUCUCGCCCGACUCCUGUCCGUCGCAAGUUCGAAGAGCUCCAUCCCAGAGACAGAAAUGUCAAGACCAACCGCAGAACUCGUAUUGAAGCAAACUGGGGCUGUAGCGUCCAGGAGUGCAUUCCCAUGAAGAUCCGCCCUCGUGUCGAGCUCAAGAAGGGAGCCAAGAUUCGCGUCGGAGAUGCUGCCGGCGUCGAAGAGAUUUGGUGGAACUGGAGCGUUGAGCUCUUGCGUGGCCUCGAAGAGUUGUCGACCAUGAUGUCGGGCAAACCGACUGUUGCUCAGGAGCUCAUGAUUCACGAGGUCCAGAAGCGCCAGGGGGAUGGCAAGAACCCUCAGAGAAGGGUCGCUGAACUUCUGCUUGGUGAUAUACAGCGUGUCGUCGACAACGUCAAGCGUCACCAGGCCGAGGAGGCUGCCAAGGGCAUCCAGCAGCAGGACAUCGACAUGAAAACCUUCCGGGAGCUCGAGCGUGAGCCGGGUCCCGGCGUGAAGAAGCAGGAGGAACAGGCUCAGGAUCAGACCCCUGAAUACACUGACGACGGCCUCUCNCCUGGCGACAUGCCUUCNCCUAUCCCUGCCUCUGCCUACAUGCACAAUGGCGCUCACCAAAUCAACGGCACCUCCAACAUGAACUCUCUCAACUUGUUCAACAACCCUCCUCGCCCUGUCGGUACUCACAUGCUAAAGAGCACCGAGCAGCUCAACGAGAGCCUCCAAAUUGAUGCCAUGGAGAUGCGUGCCCGUGCCAAGCGUCUCCGUGGCCAGGCCAUGCGUCUUGAGGCCGAGGCUUUCGACCUCGAGUCUGAAGCUGCCAUCGCCAGAAAGGUUCUCAACAACUCGUGA